CUGAUUCCAACGGUCGAGGAGCUCCAGCGUGCGACAGCAUUGGAGACAUGCAUAGUAAAGGAGCGCGUGCCUAGCUGGUGGGGCUCGGCGACCCGGCAGCACACCUCGACCGUCCGCAGAGCGCUCGACCCGGCAGCACGUCUCGACCGUCCGCAGAGCACUGGACCAGCUGACGGGGCUCGGCGACCAGCACUCGACCAGCGGUGCCUCUUCAAGCCGGGGGGGGCCAGUGCGUGGGCCCAAGCACAGCCGGCCAUGGCGUCCGCUAACGUCAGCCUGGAGAACCAGCUGCAGAGCGCCCAGAAGAACCUGCUCUUCCUCCAGCAGGACCAUGCCACCACGCUGAAGGGGCUCCACGCUGAGAUCAAAAGACUACAGCAGCACUGUACAGACCUGACAUACGAGCUGACUGUGAGGAGCUCUGACCCUUCAGACAGCAGCGAGGUGCGUGGCAGGGAGCUCCAGAGGAGGUGCGAGGAGCUGGAGGGCGAGCUGAAGCAGAAAGAGGUGGAGAACCGGGAGCUGCUGCGCGACCUGGAGCAGAAGAACGCCAUGAUCUGCGUGCUGGAGAACACCAUCAAGGAGCGCGAGAAGAAGUACCUGGAGGAGCUGAAGAUCAAGAGCCACAAGCUGGCGCUGCUGUCCGGGGAGCUGGAGCAGCGGGCCGGCACCAUCGCCUACCUCACCUCCCAGCUGCACUCCACCAAGAAGAAGCUGCUGGCCGGCAGCUCCUCGGAGGCCAGCCCCAACAGCAGCCCCGUGGCCUCCUGCUACAAGCCUACGCCCCCGCCCACCCCCGCCUCCGCCUCCGCCAAGGAGCGCCACGCCCCCGACACGCCCCGCCGCCGCAUGAAGAAGAGCCUCUCGCAGCCGCUGCACCCCGAGGUGACGGAGGUGUACCGCCUGGGCCAGGACGGCUCCCGGCGGCCCGUCCUCCGGGAGGCCGUGGACGCCAUGCCGGACCCCACCCCCUUCCUGCGGGCGGCGCGGGAGCCCCUGGAGCCACAGAUGAUGCGGGAGCGGCCGGCGCUCAUCCCGCCCAUCGCGUCCGAGCGGCCGCCGAGCGGCAGCAGCCCGCGCCACAGCCCCGCCCGGCAGCACCGGGUGCACGUGGGCGUAGCGCACCGCAUCCCCCACGGAGCCCCGCCCCCGGCGCCGCCGCCGCCGCAGGUGGAGCUGGAGACACUGGCUGUGGACCAGGUCAACGGGGGCAAGGUGGUACGCAAGCGCUCGGAGACCGACCGGACAGUCUGACACGCUCACACGCAGACACACGUACACACAUACAGCCACACUCACACACAGCACACACACGUGAACUAACUCAGUCAAAUGCACAUACUAGCACACAUGGACACACACACACAAAUGCACAUACGGACACAUACACACACAAACUUAGGGACACACACACAAGCACACACACACUGACUGACUGACAGACGCUACAAUAUAUAUACAGACACACUAACUGUCACACAGACACACACACACUGAAGCAACAACAGAAUAAAUACACACACGCGCGCGAUGAGAGCAGCAAGGAGCCUGACCCACUGUGCAGCCUGCUUUUUAUGCAACACUAGAAUUAAAAUGAAAAAAAAAAAGCAUUAUCGAACCUUUAUAUGAAUACCACUUUUUUAACGUAGUGAAGGACAUCUUUAAAGCAUGCCAAAUGUUUCCCCCUAGACCCAGGUAACUCAUCCCUCUUUAUUCGUUUCCCUCCUUGACAUUCAACACUGUCUUCGCACAUACAAUAAUUACUCCGCCAAAUACCUGCGUUAGUGCCUGCUGAAUUGGGUCAACCAUACAGAAAACAGUGAUGAAUCGAUCAAAUAUCCGUCUUCUUCCUUGUGGACUACAGUCUCUCCGUAACGUAGUCUGUAUAUAUUCAAGUAUUUUCAGCUGCAUCUCUAGGGUAGAACUCGCAGAAUUAAACUAGUACUCACAACAUAAAGGUCAUCAUCAUAUCGGUAUAGUCAUACUACUGUAGGAUCGCAAUAUGUGCAAUGUAAUAUCCUGUAAUAUGUUAAACAAGGCGGAAUUUACCCUUCUUUUUUUUCGUUGGCAAAGAUAUUGGAGGUAUGGAUGUUGAAAAGUACGGUUUAACUUGUGCUUCAACAUGUGUCCUGGGCCUGUGUGGCUAGGGACGUUUUGAAUGUGGGAGGGGGAAGAGAGAGAGAUAGAGAGUGAGAGAUGGUUAAGAUAAGAACUGAAGUCUCUGAGCCAGAUUCUUUAUCACCAAUGUUCAUGUUUGAUGUAAGGUUGUUUUUUGUUGUUGCAGAUACUCCUGAUAUUAGCUGUAUAACAUGUAUACAUUGGUAAUAAAAAACAUUAAUUUUAUGUAGACGGUCAAAACAUUACGUCCGAUAAUAAAAAGCAGUAGUAGCAUAUUCGAACAGCUAAUUGUUUAAUUGGUUGAACUUUCCUUUGACAAACAAUAGUAUAUAAACAGUAUAUAUAUACAUCUCUGAGGCAAACCUGUUGUGAUGUAUGUGUCCUCUGCUCAGAUUGCUUAUAUAUUAUCUAGAUAUUUCGUCGAUCUAUAAACAUUAAGAAAUGCCAAUAUAUAUCCUCAACAUGUAUCAGCUCAUUGGAAUAUUUCUUCAAUGCUGUUUGUGCUUUAAAUAAUCGACAGAUGAAUCAAAAACGAUGCUAUUCUGUCAACAUUCAUACUGCGCACACAUGGUUUGUUGUGUUUUUAAUGUUUGAGUCCUGGAAGUAUUUAAUGCACUUUUCCUAUUUACAUGGAGAAACUAUGACUAUUCUGACUAUCUUUCUAUUCAGGAAUGAAUGAUAUAUGAUAGAUCUGUAUGCUGUUGUAUAUUCUGCUUCUUACACUCUUCUUCCUAUGCUAAGUUGAUUCAUUAAUUAAUUAAUUAAUUAAUUAAUUAAACCUCACCCACACACCCUACAACUACACUGGCAGAGCUGGCCAGUGUUACACUUGCAGUAGCGUGAAAAAUAUCAAUUUAUAGAUCGCUUUAAGCUGUUGUAACCUAAUA